AGCCGAGCCAGUUGGAUCAAGAAUCCCCACUUAAUCCCAAGCAAGAGCACCUACUAGCAAAUCAAAAUUUGUGAUCUGCCAAAUUUCCAGGAAUUUCAAAUGGAGCAAAACAUUCCGCGCCCAGGGCCUGUUAACCGUUCACUACUCACGUUACCACUGCGUGCCCAUCGUGCGGACCGUAUAUGGUAUGAACCGAAUUCCAAAGACUCGUGCUUGAAAUGCGUCAGUUGCCCUUCAGCUGCAUUCGGAGUUGAAGAGGGAGAUCCAAGAGUGAUAGGUAUGUUAGCAUAUGCUGGCUUCUUGGGGGUAGAGCACAUUGCCCGUAUGAAGGUGGAUCAUAGUUUAAUAUGCGCUUUGGUGGAGAGAUGGAGGCCGGAGACACAUACUUUCCAUCUUCCAUUCGGUGAGGUCGGCAUUAGUCUACAAGAUGUGGUGAUGAUCCUUGGUUUGCCCAUUCGGGGUAUGCCCCUCAGUGGUCCAACAGUUAAGGGUAAGGCUCAGUGGAUCGACCUGUGCACGCAGUCGUGUGGUUUCACUCCUCUAGAGACUGAUAUGCGCACGAGUGAUAUCACCAUGAGUGCUCUUACCCGUCACCAGAUCCUACCUGACAGUACAGACGAAGAGGUCACCGAACACACCAGAACCCUAAUAUGGCAAUUGCUUGGAGGCCUUUUGUUCCCUGACACGAGUGUGACAAGAAUACGAUUAUACUUUUUGGAGGUCUUGCAGGGUGACUUGGCUUUAGCCCGUCGAUGGAGUUGGGGAUCAGCGGUUCUCGGGUACCUCUACCAUAACUUGUGCAACGGCGUCAAGUGGGAAACCAAACAAGUUGGCGGUUGUAUGCACUUGUUACAGAUUUGGGCUUGGUCGAGGAUUUCGAUGGUCCGUCCCUCAGUAGUUCAGGUCAUUCAACAUGACCAUCUUCCAUAUGGG